AUGUCUCAGAACGACAAGUCUCCGGCCAAGGAGAUUGCUGAGUCCGUUCAUGACCACGAAAAGGAACUCACCAAACGAUCCGCAUCUGUACUGGUAGGAGCAUUCUGUGCCUUCUUUUGCAGCGUGGGCUUCUUCAACGCAUGGGGAAUCUUCCAGGAAUACUAUCAGGUCAAUCAACUAUCGACUAAAUCACAAUUCGACAUCUCCUGGAUCGGCAGUUUUUCUAUACGCGCCAUGUACCUUACCUCGCCAGUGGCGGGCAUUGCCUACGACAAGACGGGUCCGCGUAUACUUUUAAGCAUAGGCAGUAUUGGUGCCUUGUUCGCCAUCUUCAUGGUAUCGCUCUGCGAAGAAUAUUACCAAUUCUUCCUCGCUCAGGCGUUGGUGUUUGGCGUCAGCUCGGCCUUCCUCCUUGUCCCAUCCUUGUCGACGCUCACAAAGUAUUUCAAGAAGAAUCGCGCUUUGGGGAUGGGCAUCGUCGUGGCUGGAUCGUCAACAGGGGGUGUGAUCUGGCCUAUCGUCCUUGACCAACUCCUGAAUCACACGACACUCGGCUUUGGCUGGACCAUCCGUGUUGUUGCCUUCAUCAUGCUGCCUCUCCUCGCCAUCAGUUGUAUGCUCGUUCGUGUACCUGUCGUUGCUCUAGUGCAGCACGACGUGAACAAUAAAGCAUCGACAGCCAAACCGAAAGCUGAUUUCAGCAUUGUCAAAAACCCGGCCUUCCUUCUCUGCUGUGCUGGCUUGGCUAUAGCGAAUCUCGGCAUGUUCAGUCCAUUCUUUUAUGUCAGCUCGUAUGCUGCUUCCUUGCACAUGUCCACAUCCUUCACUUUCUACUUGGUUUCGAUCGUAAACGGGGCUUCCUUUUUCGGCAGGAUUCUACCUGGUAUUUUGGCUGAUCGCUAUGGGUGCUUCAACCUGCUUUUCUGCGCUGCCCUAACCUCUGGUAUUGUGGCCUUCUGCUGGACUGGAGCGACUAGUGUUGCUGGUGUCACGGUUUGGGCACUCGCUUACGGCUUUGCUUCUGGUGCUAUCAUGAGUUUGCAGACCGCUUGCAUCUCUCGCCUUGCAACACCAGAGACAAUGGGUACGGCUAUGGGAAUGGCCAUGGGCUCUAUCGCUCUCAUGGCACUAUUUGGAACGCCUAUUAGUGGUCAGCUUGUUGGAGAAUAUGGCUACCUGGCUUUGAGUAUGUUCGCGGGCGCUACUCUAAUCGCUGGCUCGGCUUUGAUUGCAUGCGCUCGUCUCAUACAGGACAAGAGACUUUUCGCAGUUGUAUAA